GCAUUGAACAAUUCCAUAUGAAUGAUAUCUUACUGCAUAGUUACUCAGAAGAGACAUCGACUAGAUACAGACAGUACUGUAUUGAUAUAUCCAAUGGUAUACCUACUGCCUCAAUAGGCAAUACUGAAAAUUUGGAGCCUGAGGUUACAUGCAUGUGUGCUCCGUACCUGAAGCCGGACCGGACUUUACAAGAAGCUCCACCAUUAAGCCCGAGAGUGGAAGGAAACUCAGCGGCGGAAUUACAGCCACCUUUUUUUUCUUUCUCCACGUUAUGUGUCGUCCACUCUAUCUAAUCUAACAGUCUAUCACUGCAAUAAGCUUACACUGAUAUCCCACAUGGCUUCAACCUUCCUCAUACGCCGACUCCCGGCACCGAUACCAUCCCCUCGAACCAUCCCAUCAUGCACCCACAGUCUCUUCAACCGACUCCGACCCUCACCUCAUAACACCCCACUACCAACACAGAACCGACCAUUCUCGCAAACAUGCCCAACACUCUCCUCUCCUUUCCGCCUAUCCUCAAACAAGAACCCAGCCGCCAAAAAUGACCACCCCCCAUCUCCCGACGAAUACCCCAACGGCGAGCCCAUGCCGUACUACAGUCCCUACAAACCCAAGCGCCAAUGGCCGCCGGACAUGUCCAAGCUCUCCCCGAAGCAUCAAUUCCGGCUCGAGCGCAAAUAUCGUCGGCGCGCGGCACUCAAGUUUGCUCGACCGAAGUGGGUGAGGGCAACGAAGUUGGUUCAGUGGGGUGUUAUUGGAUUUGUGCUUGUAUAUGCGGUGCUUUUUAUGGAGUGGGAUGACAGGGGAAGUCCUUUUGAUGAGUUCCGGAGGGCUUUCUUUGCUGGUGUUAAGGGGGCGUUUUCUGCCCCUCCACCUCCAGGACCGGCUAAGAGGUCAGAUGAUAACUGAGUGGAUAUAGAAGGCAAGUAUGUGUGGGAACCAUCUUGCAUACGUUCGCGCUCCGUUUACGACAUACUGUAUAUUACUCUACAUAUUGAAGACUUCCUG